UCCCUCCUAUUACAAAAGCACCAACCCAGCCACAAAAUCGAAGCCCUUGUCCAACCGCGAAUACUUGGAUCCUCAACCGUCUCCUCCUCCAAAUUCCACCACCACCUCUACAUCACCGACCGUCACCAGUCGCGACGCUCCAACUCGAUCACCCAACAGUCCUGUCGCGGCCCCACGUUAUCCCUGCAUUUCUUCUCCCACUGCAGCAUACACAACCCAGCUCCAUCUGUCGACCAAGUUUCCACUGCACACCGAAGCCGCGGCCAAGCACCCCCUCCGUCAACGUUCACAUCUGUCAUCGCUACCAUAUUCAUCUUAUUGUUGUUUUGGUCCUUUGAGUUUUGAAGUUCCCUUCUCUAUUUGUUUACUAAUUAUUGGGUUAUUUGGCUGCUGAGUACCGGUGGUCACUGGUCAUUUUGUCAUUUUAAUUGUGUGGAGAAAUUUAUCUGUUGGAUUUCAUUUUAGUUUUUUGUGGGAUUUGUUUCUGUUUGACGUGGUGCUAUGAAUCUAUGACGUGUGCUUAUUGAAGUUUAAUGGGACUCGAGAUAUAGUUUUAAUUGCAAUAAAAUAGCAGUAUAGGAAAUGCUGCGGAGAUACCAGCAGAAAAAAAAUAUUAACAAAUAGUGUUUGAUGAAAUGCCUGAGUGAAGGUCAACAGUGAUAGUAGUGUGGCAUUUUUUUAAUUUUUAAUUUUUUAAUUCUUUAACAUACUCGACAGUGAUAAAUUCUUGUUGACAUUGCAGCCGUUGUUGAGUAGUGUUGUGAAAGUGAUUGUAGAUAAUUAAAAUACGUGUGGAUGGAGAGCGAAGAGGAUCUAGUGAAGAAGAAACGUGUGGUGGAAGCGCGAGCUAGAAACAUAAGUCACAAUGUGCGGUGCACAGAGUGUGGAAGUCAGUCCAUUGAAGAAUCCCAAGCUGACAUUGCCAUUCUCCUUCGUAAGUUAAUACGGGAUGAAAUUCGGGAUGGGAAAUCUGAUAAAGAGAUCUACAAGAAGCUCGGGGAAGAAUAUGGUGAGACAGUGCUUUAUGAGCCGAAAUUUGAUUUGCAGACAGCUGGUCUAUGGUUAUCACCGCUUUUAGCUGCAGGUGUCGCUGGAGGAAUGUGGGCAUACAAAAAGCAUAGGCAAAAGACUAAUGUGCACAUUAUGGCUUUAAACCUCGUUAGAGGAGUCCCAUUAACCCCGAGGGAGAAGGAAACAAUGCUAGAGGUCCUCACACCACCGCCUCCUGAAGGAGCUUCGUAUUGGUGGAGAAGAUGGCUUCGUUGAUGCUUCCAGAAUAUAUUUUGCCUGUUUCCCUAUUUAUUUAGGUCAUGAUAAUUGAAUAUCUAGUUUGUUCAAUAAUAGAAUUUUAAGAGUACCAGCCCAGGUCGGAGUUUCAUUUCGUCUUGGUGAAAACUCAUUUGUAUGCAACCUUAAAAUGAACAACACUCUGUGAUUUUGCAAUAUAUUAUUUUGGUCGUGCAUUGAUUCUAUUAGAGUUCAA